AAUCGGACGAAAGAAUUUUACUAAUUAAUUAAUAAAAAAAAAAAGUAUUUCGAAGCAUUUGUGAUCAAGUCGACUUUGAUAGCUUGUUAUUCAACAUAUUUUUGAACUAAUAGCGAGAGUGUAUACAUUGUUUUUUUCACUGUGUUUCUAGAAAGAAAACUUUACAAUUUUAUUAUAUAUACUUCAUAAUGACCUCUCUAUGGGUGUUUCUAUUUACAAUAUUUGUCUUUACAGUCGUGAAAACUAAAGAAGAGUUGAACAAUCGGCCGAUCAUCGGUAUUCUGACGCAGGAAAUAAGUUAUAACUUAAAUAAAACGUACCCUAAUCAGUAUCACAGCUACAUCGCUGCAUCGUACGUGAAAUUCGUGGAAGGUGCUGGCGCUCGAGCCGUACCGAUUUGGAUUGGUGGAAACACGUUGUACUACAAAGACAUCUUGAGCAAAGUCAAUGGGGUUCUCUGGCCGGGAGGAUCGACGUAUUUCUCUCAGAAGGAAGGAUAUGCUGAUGCAGGCGCCAAGAUUUAUAGAAUCGCAAAGAGAAUCAACGAAGAAGGCAAGUACUUCCCAAUAUUUGGUAUCUGCCUUGGCUUUGAACUCUUGACAUAUGUCGCCGCGAAUCGCGUCGCGCACAGAACGCAAUGUUCCAGUAACAAUCAGCGCCUUCCACUAGAAUUCACACCUGGUUAUAGAGAAAGCAAAUUGUUUAAAAAUGCGCCACUGAAUGUUUUAAGGGUUUUGUCUGAGCAGAACGUCACGGCGAAUUAUCAUCACUUAUGCGUCACGAAAAAGGCUUUACGUCAUGUCAAUUUAACUGAUGAAUUUCACGUGUUGUCACUAAAUCAUGAUGAAAAUGGUUUGGAAUUCAUUUCCACAUUGGAACAUAAGCAGUUCCCGUUUUACGGAUUGCAAUUCCAUCCGGAAAAGAAUCUUUACGAAUGGGUGAUCGGGAAGAGAAUUCCUCACUCAAUCAAUGCUACUAUAGCAUCUCAAUAUUUCGCCAACUUUUUCGUUAACGAGGCUCGUAAAAAUUUUAACGAAUUUCGGAAACAAGAGGAGCAACGGAGUCUAAUCUACAACUAUCCUAUUACUUACACGGCGCUGCAGAAUUCGUCUUUCCAGCAGUGUUACAUGUUUAAGAAAAGCGAUCGCAAUAACUUUUUCUACAGAAAUUUAACACCAACAAAUUCUUUUCAAUCGGUCGUCCGACCUUUUGACGAGCAAUUUCCAUUCCGCCGUGGAGUUUAUAACUGGUCUUUUUAUACAAAUUUCAACUUUAGUAAUACGAUUAUAUAUUGGUAACAUUACUGCGUUUUUAUUAUUGUAUAACUGAAGAAGGCCUAAUCGAAAGGCCGAAACAUGUAAUAUUUUUAAUUGAUUAUAAAAUAUAAUAGUGUUCAUUAUGUAA